UUGUUUAUAAAUAUAGAAGUGUCGAUUGUAAUCGAAUAAUAUAGAGAAAUCUGGCAUAGCCCCAGACGCAGCAAUGGAAGAUAGUUUCAGAGUUCGCGUAGAUAAGGUCUUCGGCGCUCUCGGCAACGAUACGGCGCCAUCCGCCGGCGUAAGCCCUGCCCUCUGGUCCCUCACCGAUGAAGAAAUCGAACGCCGAGAAUGGAAUCGCAACAAGGAUACUACUCCACAAGGAAAAGACCGCGCCCAAUCUGAACCCUCCUUUGACCUAGAAUCGGAUCUUAACGAGUUGAGCGAAGAGGAAGACGAAGAGGAGGAGGAGGAGGAGGAGGAGGAAGAAGAACAAGAAGAGGGCGAGGAAAUUGACGGUGCCAAACGACGCCGUAACAAUAACAACGGCGGUGGUGGCGAAUCUGGCGUUGAGGAGUAUUUGGAAGUUCAGUCCAAUAUUGGGCGCGACUGCACCCUUGAUUACGAGGACGAGGAAGAUGAAUUUGACAAAGUCGCUGCUGGCUCGGAAGACACUGAUGACCGGAUAUAUCUAAAAAACGUGAAAUGUGCUGACUAUGAACUUGAAGAAGUUUGUAGAUAUGGUGAGCUUCCCAGUUCUUUCCAGGUUACUGCAAAAGAUCCUCGGGCCAAUCACUCGGCUGCAAAAGUUAGACUGAGAGAAGAUGCAGAGGCUACUGGAGAACUUGAUGGUUUACAACUUUCUGAUAGCUCCAUGGCCACAAAUUUGGAUGCUGAAGAUAUAAAAAAAGGAGAGUUAGGUAUAGGUAAUCCUAAGCCGAUCCUGAGAAAAAGAGAUAUUUCGAUGGACACCAAAUCACAGAAACGUGUUAGAUUCAUGGCUGGACCUGAAAGUAGUACUCAUGAGGAUCAGCAGGCAGCCAGUGAUUUGGCACCAGAAUCUCGUGCGAUGAGUGAUAAUUCAGUGUCUGAACAGGCUUCUGAUCCUUCUAAAUAUUCGGCAGGGGUUCCUGAUUAUCUUAUAAACCCUAAAAAAUACACGUGCUAUACAUUUGAUUCAUCAGACAAUAUGGAUGAAGAAUCAAAUCGAAAAGCACAUGCUGACUUCUUCCAUGACCUGAGGAAAAGAAACAGCGAUACGUUGAUGGAGGAGAUGCCUGUGGAGUUACCAAAAUCCAUUGUGUUCACUCCAAAAAAGAAAGCUGAAAAUGACUCAACAGCAAAGAGUGACAGCGAGCUCAAAACACGAGAAAAUCUUGAGAACAAACGCUGGUCUUUUGAUAUUACAGCAGAGAACACCCAAGAAAGUGAGAUCUCUGCAAUGGAAGAAGAUGAACCAGCCCACGUAGCUGUUGAUGAAGGUCCACGUAGUUCUCAGAAACCAGGUCGUCAAUACCGCACGAAGACCAAUGGGGACCGGAGCAACUCUUGGAGAUGUUAAGCAGAUACUCCCACUGUUCUUAAAAAUAGGGUAUUAUUUGAUUCGUAUAUAUUUUUAUUAUUAGUUCUUCACAGCU